AUGUUGCGUCAAGGGCUGAGCCUUGCGUCCACCACCGGCAGCCUUGUCCAAUGUGAGAGGGGUUUUGCCACCCUCAAGGACAUUUCCAUCCGUCUGAAGUCGGUCAAGAACAUUCAAAAGAUCACAAAGUCUAUGAAGAUGGUGGCUGCAGCUAAAUAUGCCAAGGCCGAGCGUGAUCUUAAGGGUGCUCGGUCUUAUGGUCAAGGUGCUCAAGCGUUCUUUGAUAACUUGGAACUUACUAAUGCUGAGGAGACUGCUCCGAAGCCAGGAACCAAAAAACUUCUGGUCUUGAUCACCUCCGACAGAGGUCUCUGUGGAGCUGUUCACUCUUCCAUCAUUAAGGUUAGUUUUCUUAUGAGUUUUUGCUUUUAAUUCUAGGUGGGUAUGAAUUUCGAAUAUUUUUAGGAGACAAAGCAUAUCUUUGCUAAUAAGCCAGCUGACGUCGAGUAUAAAAUUGUUGCUAUUGGUGAUAAGGCCAAGAUUGGUCUUCAACGGCUUGUUGGAAAUUCUUUCCUUUUCUCCGGAAAUGAAAUCGGCAGAGCUCCACCAACUUUUGAAGAUGCUUCCAUCGCUGCCAAUGCCAUCCUUAACUCUGGAUAUGAGUUCAACGAUGGAGCUAUCAUCUACAAUUUCUUCAAGACUGUUGUGUCUUAUGAGACCAAGGUUCUUCCUUUGGUUCCCAUUGAGACCAUCCGAGCCAACGAGAACUUGAAUGUCUAUGAUUCAGUGGAUGAUGAUGUUCUCAAGAGUUACACCGAGUACUCAUUGGCCCAAUUGAUCUACUAUGCUAUGAAAGAGAGCGCAACUAGCGAACAGGCUAGCAGAAUGACAGCUAUGGAUGGUGCCAGCAAGAACGCCGGUAAGAUUUUUUAGCUAUUACAAUUUUGUGUUCUCCGACUGCUUUUCAUACAAUGUUUUUUAGGUGAGAUGAUUGACAAGCUGACUCUCCAAUUCAACAGAACUCGCCAGGCUGUUAUUACUAGAGAAUUAAUUGAGAUCAUCUCUGGAGCUGCUGCCGUCUAA